GGCCGGGCCGGCUCAGCGGUUGCCAGGCCUAUGCCGCCGUGCGAGCGUGUGGCGGCAGGCCCCUGUGGCAGCCGGGCUCCCACCGGCCUUCAGCCCUCAGUCCCGCCUGUUUUUAAGGGCCGGGGUUGCUCCACCAUUGAUUUCUUCCAGCGGCACGGGUUUUGUAGGGGUAGCUAAAUCUUACCUGGUUAUCCUUGCGUGUGGCAGCAGAACAACAGCUGUUGUUUGCAGGUCUCCAAAGCCUCGGUGUUGAGUGUUUGCUUAAAGUUAGGGGGGAGAGAAAAAUCGUGUAAGCUAUGUGGAAGUUCCUCAGGGAUGUUUUCCAUGGAUGUAAGGUCUUGAUAAGUUUUGGAAGCUUUCUUCUGCAGCAUGUGUUGUUCCUAAAGGAUCAGUUGCCGCUAUUUGCCUGGUGGGGUAGAAUUGCCUAUUUAGAUGAAGUACAUGCAGUGGUGGUGAGCACAGAGUUCAGCGUGUUUUAUUGGUGGUUUUCAGUGACUUAGGAAAUACCCUUGUCUCCUGAACUACUUUAUUAUUUGUAUCACUGAUUAAUUUUAAGAUCUCUCGCAGCAUUCUUGUUUUACAGAUGCUUAAACUCACUUCUCUCCCUUUUGUUCCCUGUUAUUUCUUCUAACAAAAUUUGAGGGUUAUUUAUUCUGAUGGUUUUAAUGCUAGUUUUCAAGCUGUGUUCUGUAGUUGAUUGGUAGUACUGUGUGGUAUAACUCUGCAAAAUACAAAGUGAUUUUUUUUUUUUGACACAGUGAUAAAUACUAGCAUCGUGAGGCUCCAGCAGACCUGUUGGCUUGAGUUAAUGAGAGGGUGCAUUGCUAAAUUGAGAGUAUGUCUCCUGAUCAGUAUGGCAACAUGAAUUGUAAUGUUCAGUUAUUCUGUCAUCCUUGUUACAAAGCAGGGUGCUGAAUCUCAAAAAGACAGCAUAUGAAAAUUGUGUUGUUACUUAUUACAUUGCCAUAGGUGGAGAAUUUCAGCUAGGGUCCUAUAUGGAAAAAGUAUUUCUCUACUUGCAAAUUAGGACUUGAUUACAAAUGAUGGAAGUCAUGAUUGUUCUUGUAAUACAGGUUUUGUCCUUUGUCUUGUUUUUCAAAGAGGUGGACAACUGAUGGAACAUUCCAUUAGGAAGAAUAAAACUGUUCUUACAAGGUAGUUUGCUCAGAUUAGACUGAGAUCCAUACAAAAAAUCUCCAAGAACAGUGACUGGGAACACUUGAGAACUCCUGAAUGAUUGAUUGAGGCCUUGGAGGGGAAACGUUAAGACUUCACAUUUCACAGUCAGUUCUGUUAAGCAACUAUGGAAGUAGAAAAGGAGCACAUUUAUAUUACCCCAACAGAACUUGAGAAUCUAAGUGAUGCUCCAUUUUCCGGUGAUGAAGAAAAUGGUGGGUCUGAGGAACGAAAGACUGAAAUCAAUGGAAAUUGGAUUCCUGCAACUUCAAUUACUGAAGCCAAAAUAAAUGCUAAAGCAAAGAGACGUUUGAGGAAAAAUUCUUCUAGAGAUUCUGGGAGAGGAGACUCUGUUAGUGACAAUGGAGAGACACUGAAGAUUGGAGUUGUACCAACGAGCCCAAAGGGGAGACUCCUGGACAGGCGAUCCCGGUCUGGAAAGGGAAGAGGUCUACCAAAGAAAGGUGGAGCAGGUGGUAAAGGAGUUUGGGGAACACCAGGUCAAGUGUAUGAUGUAGAAGAAGUAGAUAUUAAGGAUCCUAAUUACGAUGAUGACCAGGAGAACUGUGUCUAUGAAACAGUAGUUUUACCUCUGGAUGAAAGAGCAUUUGAAAAAACUUUAACACCAAUCAUACAGGAGUAUUUUGAACAUGGAGAUACUAAUGAAGUUUCGGAGAUGCUGAAGGAUUUAAACCUUGGUGAAAUGAAAUACAGUGUGCCAGUGCUGGCUGUUUCCUUGGCAUUAGAGGGGAAGGCUAGUCAUCGGGAAAUGACAUCUAAGCUUAUUUCCGACCUUUGCGGGACAGUAGUAAGCAAAACUGAUGUGGAAAAAUCCUUUGAUAGACUGCUUAAAGAACUACCUGAAUUGGUGUUGGAUUCUCCCAGGGCGCCACAGUUGGUGGGCCAGUUUAUUGCUAGAGCUGUUGGAGAUGGGAUUUUAAGCAGUACCUACAUAGAUGGCUACAAAGGCACUGUGGAUUGCAUCCAAGCUCGAGCUGCGCUGGACCGAGCUACUGUGUUGCUGAGUAUGACAAAGGGUGGAAAGCGUAUAGACAACGUGUGGGGAUCGGGAGGUGGCCAACAGUCUGUGAAACACCUUGUUAAAGAGAUUGAUAUGUUGCUGAAAGAGUAUUUGCUUUCUGGAGAUGUACUAGAAGCUGAACGUUGCCUUCAGGAACUGGAAGUACCCCAUUUUCACCAUGAACUUGUAUAUGAAGCCAUUGUGAUGGUUUUGGAGUCAACUGGAGAAAAGACCUUCAAAAUGAUACUGGAUUUGUUCAAGUCUCUCUGGAGGUCUUCUGUCAUUACUAUGGACCAAAUGAAAAGAGGCUAUGAACGAGUUUACUGUGAAAUCCCAGAUAUUAACCUGGAUGUGCCACACUCCUAUUCUGUGCUUGAGCGGUUUGUAGAGGAAUGCUUUCAGGCUGGAAUAAUCUCCAAACCACUGAGAGACCUCUGCCCUUCAAGGGGCAGAAAGCGUUUUGUGAGUGAAGGAGAUGGAGGUCGUCUUAAGCUAGAAAGCUACUGAAUGUGAGAACCAGCUCCUGAAGCCUUAAAAGUUUAAAGGGAAAAUAGGUAUCUAUAUAUAUACAAACAUGCAUCCUUUUUUGGUGUGUGUAUGUAUAUAUGUAUACACAUAUAUAAUACACCAAAAUUUUAAAGAGUUGCUUAGCACAGUUCAUAUUUUUUUAAAAGCACAUGUUUUGGGUACAAAUUGUUUUUUUAAAAUAGUUUUAUAAAUUUCAGGAAGAAAACUUCUUUCUUUGGGCAUAUAGUAGAACAACUGGCCACUUUGCUGUGGUGGUGCCUUCAAAUAAGCUAUCUUUUUAAGUGCCAUAUGUUUAUGACCUAAUCAUUCCAUGUUUGCAUCAACGUCUGCCUGUCGCUCUUUCUUUCAAGGACAGUGUUGUCGUCAUAAAAAUCACUGGUUUAUACAAAGCUUUAUAGAAGGGUCAAGUUAAGCUGCUGUGAUCCCAUUUCCAUUGCUGCUGAAGAAAUACUGUGCUUUGGGAGGAAAAAUAGCUGUUUCUUUGUUUUAAAGAACCCAAGACAAUGGAGUUGGGUCAUAAGAUUAAUUCAUCUGUUCCAGGGGAGAACACUGGUUGGUUUCAGCCCCCAUGUACCAAACUUCUCUUUUUUUUUUUUUUAUGUAACUGGAAAAGUGAAAAGUUCUGGCACAACAUAUUAAAAAUAUUUUUUUGUGAAGCUCUCCUUUCUGCCCUUUUUUUUUUU